CUUUCCCGCGCGGUGGCCGUGGUGUGCGCGCUUGCUCGGUCGGCCUCCGGGACGCCCUCUCCGCCCCGCUGUUGGUACGCCGGUAAGAUGGCGGCGCCCGGCGAGCCCCCGGGCUUCUCUCGCGGCAAUCUCUUUUCCUUCCUGCCGGGCGGCGCGCGCUCCGAGACCACCGACGACCUGGUGACUGACGCGCGGGGCCGCGGCGCACGGCAUAGAGAAGACGCCGACGCCGCCUCUGCCGCGGCUCCGGAGCCACAAGGUUUGGAGCACGGGAAGCGGCCGUGCCGGGCCUGCGUGGACUUCAAGUCGUGGAUGCGGACCCAGCAGAAGCGGGGCAUGAAGUUUAGGGAGGACUGUCCACCGGAUCGGGAGGAAUUGGGUCGCCACACCUGGGCUUUCCUCCACACGCUGGCCGCCUAUUACCCGGACAUGCCUACCCCACAACAGCAGAAGGAUAUGGCCCAGUUCAUACAUAUAUUUUCCAAGUUUUACCCCUGCGAGGAGUGUGCGGAAGACAUAAGGAAGAGGAUAGGCAGAAACCAGCCAGACACAAGCACUCGCGCAUCCUUCAGCCAGUGGCUGUGCCGCCUGCACAACGAGGUGAAUCGGAAACUGGGCAAGCCUGACUUUGACUGCUCAAGAGUAGAUGAGCGAUGGCGUGACGGCUGGAAGGAUGGCUCCUGUGACUAGAAGAUUGUCGGCAGAGCAUGUGGGGGCCAUCUAUGCAGGAUCGAUGGGCAACCUGCCUAGAGAGGGACAGCCCAUUGAUUAAAAUGCAUCUGAGCCAAAGCUUGUUUUUCGGUGGUUGGG